AUUUUAUAAACUGUGACUGAGUGAAUAAAUAGUUUUAGUUGAGAUAUCUAACAUGUCAAAUAUGUGGACAUAUAAAAGUGAAAUGAUCUGCAUCACCAGAUACUGAGAGUGCCUUAGUCUCCUGCAUGGUGAAGCGCUCCAGUCUGAACACAGGAACAUGAACAUGGAUAAAGUGUCUGACCUCCCCAGCGGCCCGCUGGAUAUCUACAGGCAAAAAGCUUCUUUCAACUGGAAGGAAAUGCUGUGCUUUAUAGAAGGAGAGGAAACGUUGGCAUUCAAGCAACAUGUGUUCAAGACGCUGGAGAACGAUCCUCUGUUUGCCCGCACACCUGGUGAAGAUGUUCCUGUGGAGAAAAUGAGAGAGCUCAACUUCCUCAGGGUAAAGCAGCUCUUCCGCUAUGACUUCAUGACAGCAGAAGAGUCGAUGAGCGACCCCUGGAGGACUGUGAUCCUCAAUGACUGUCUGGGCAUGUAUGACUGGUCCAUGUCAGCCAAGUUCUUCCUCAAUAAAGGGAUGUUUGGAGCGAAUGUUGCCAACACAGGGUCAGCCAGACACAGCAAAUAUGUUGAAGACAUUAACGACAUGAAGAUCUUUGGAUGCUUUGCACUGACUGAGCUGAGCCACGGCAGCAACACCAGAGCCAUGAGGACCACAGCCACGUAUGAGCCCUCCAACCAGGAGUUUGUGAUUAACUCUCCAGACUUUGAGGCUGCUAAGUUCUGGGUGGGGAACCUGGGUAAGACUGCAACCCAUGCUCUGGUGUUCGCUCAGCUCUACACACCUGACCACGUGUGCCACGGCCUGCACUCCUUCAUUGUCCCUGUGAGAGAUCCCAAGACUCUGCUGGCUCUGCCUGGUGUGUUGGUUGGAGAUAUGGGCAAGAAGCUGGGUCAGAAUGGACUGGAUAAUGGGUUUGCUUUGUUCCACAAAGUCAGGAUCCCGCGAGAGAACCUGCUGAAUAGGACUGGAGAUGUUACUCCUGACGGCCGCUAUGUUACACCAUUCAAGGACCCUAACAAGCGUUUCGGGGCGUCUCUAGGUGCCCUUUCAGGUGGCAGGAUUUCCAUCACCAGGAUGGCUCUGACCAGCCUGAAGCUGGCUCUGACAGUGGCCAUCCGGUUCUCUGCUACCAGGAGACAAUUUGGACCCAAAGACACAGAGGAGAUUCCAGUUUUAGAGUACCAGUUACAGCAAUGGCGUCUGAUCCCCUACCUGGCAGCAGGGUAUGCUCUGGAACACUUCUCCAAAACCAUCUUCAUGAACUUUGUCGAGUUUCAGAUUGGGCAAAUAAUGAAGGACAAGAGUGACAGACAAGCAGAGAUGGGCAGGGAGAUCCAUGCAUUGGGCUGCUCUAGUAAGCCACUGGGCUCAUGGACAGCUCAGAGAGGGAUCCAGGAAUGCAGGGAGGCCUGUGGUGGACACGGAUACCUGGCCAUGAACCGGCUGGGUGAUCUCCGCAAUGACAAUGACCCAAACUGCACAUAUGAAGGAGAUAACAAUGUGUUGCUGCAACAGACCAGCAACUACCUGCUCAGCUGGCUCCACGCUAAGCAUCAUGAUGGAGUGCGCAUUGAGUCUCCUCUUCACACCGUGGAUUUCCUGGACGACAUGCACAAGAUCCUUGGAAGCACGUUUACAGCAACAACAAUGGAGCAGUGCAUGGACCCUGCAGUGUCACUAGCAGCCUACAAGUGGCUGGUGUGUUUUCUGCUGGAGGAGAGUCACAACAGGCUGAAACAGCAGAGAGCUUUGGGCAAGGAUGAGUUUGAGGCUCGUAACAACAGCCAGGUUUACUACUGUCGUUCCCUGGCCAUCGCCUACAUUGAACACAAUUGCCUCCAGAGGUUUUAUGAGUUAACCACAGCUCAGGACACACCAGCAGGUCUCAGGCCAGUGCUGAGUAAGCUAUGUGCCCUGUAUGGACUGUGGAGCCUCAGCAACCACAUGGCCACACUGUACCAGGGUGGUUACAUGAGUGGAAGGAAGCCAGCAGAGAUGUUCCAGAUGGCCAUUCUCUCCCUCUGCUCCCAGAUGAAAGAUGAUGCAGUAGCACUGGUGGAUGUUUUUGCACCUACUGAUUUCAUCCUCAACUCACCUAUAGGCAACGCUGAUGGACAGCUGUAUAAGAACUUGUGGUCCACAGUGAUGCAGGGCAACCAGGUGCUGGAGCGCCCCACCUGGUGGAAAGACUUCUGCUCAGACAAACCUGUGGUUGGAUCCCUGCGUCCAAAACUGUAGAACACACACACACACACACACACACACACACA